GGGAUCGUGACGUCACGUUUGGCCAGGUUACGCGUCUAAACAGACGUUCGUUCGUGCGGCGGCGGGCUGACCUGCCAUUUUUGAUCUGAUUCAAACUGGACGUGAGCAUCGCGCUUUUGGACCACAGAGUGACACCUCAUUAUCUUUAUCACGCCAUUCAGUCAUUCUAGGAGUGGAUUUUAAUCCUGUUUGACAAAUAUCACCAUGGAAGAAGAUGAUCUGAGUGGUGAUGUGGACUUCGAUUUCUUUGAAGUGAAUAGCACGUCGCAUCGUUCCGUUUCCCCUGUGCCCAGAGAUGCUUCGACGCCACAGAAAACUGCGGAUCGGGAGGAUGGCAGAGGUAGGAAUGUACCAGGCGACCAGAACAGUGUAAGGAGCGGGAGCAGCGUCAAAAUCACCGCUAAGAUCCCCACGGGCUCCCCGCGAUCGUCGGGGAGCUACAGCUCGGAUGAGUUUGAGUCGGAGGGGGAGGGCGGCGGCAGCGAGAGCGACACCGGUGCUGGGGAACAACGUAGAAGCAGAACGACAACGCCUAGCCACGGUAAACAGCCCAGCAGCAACAAAACUAUGGGCAGCGCCGCGAGCAAGCACACCAAACCUAGCCGAGAGAUUUCUCCCGAUUCGGACUCUCCCGUAGAAUCCCCGAGAAGUAGGUCGAGCUCUCGCAGUAGUUCUAGGGGGAGGAAGCCGUCCACUUCGCGAUCUAGGUCACGAUCUAGCUCGCGAAGCUCGGACAGUGUCACCGACGUGUCCCCGCUUUCCUCCCCCAACCUCAGCCCGGAGUUACGCAGAAAAUCCCAGAAGGGCGUAGCAACCGCGGAAAGUCAAGCCCAAGUGCGUCACCACCACCACCAGACCACCUCCGGUGCCUCUCGUGACAACCACAGACACAGGAGAAAUCCAGGUGUUACCGGCAAAAGGCAGGUGAAGACAAUAGGUGUAGACCGGCAGGGCCAGGAGAGGCCCAUGCACAAAGAUGUACGCUUCAAAGAAGGAGAUGACAACCAUGUUGGUGAGGGUACAGAAGACCCAUUACUUCUCACCGAUGACUCGGACACAAUGGAACUUAACAGAUUGCUUGCGGCAGUGCUUGAUAUGGAGAGAAGGCCAAGAUCAGCAUCUGGCACGCCAACUACAGCAGGCCAGCGUAGGAACAUGACGUUCAGUAACGACGAAGUCAGGAGGAUCGAGCUGGAAAACCAUCGCCUUCUCAACGAGAUAAUCAAGAAGAAGCAGAAGCGUCCCAUGAGUGCGAGCAGCACGUCGAGUCGCAUGAGCCGGGCGUCUACGUCCAGCGUUUCCUCCACCCGUUCUCGCGGAGGAAGGAGGGACGGGAACAGUUCAGCGAGGAUUUACCACACCGCGCUGAACCGUAUGCGCGACCAGCAGAGGAUUGAGAGGGAAAACCUGGCUAUGUUGCGGAGGCUAGAGACCGCCAGACCCACCCCGGGCAUGUCGCGCCAUGAGCUUCUCGGGAACUUUGACCAGCAGCGAAGGUACUUCGGUAACAUCUCCAAGAGCAAGACGCCGACACCAGUACGGGCCAGGAGGCCCCUGUCUGCCGGAGCUAGUAGACUAAGAACUGGGCCCACAACCAGCUCAGGCGCAGACAUGGGGUCUCCGCUACACACAACCAAACCCAGACCCAAAUCCUCGAGCAGAGUUCGCCCCGCCUGGGACUCAGGCUGGUAGUACGGCACAGUCUUCAAAAGAAUUAGCAAUAUUUAGGAAGUAGCUUGUCUUAAUAUAUUGUAUAAUACUUUGUAGCACAUAUUGUAACCCAUGUUAAUCUCCAACUUACACUUUUACGCCUAUGCUGAGAUUUUAUGGAGAAGAUUGUGCUCAAUGCUAGUACAAAAAUGUUCGUGUUGGCAUGUAAUCAUAUCAAUAACAUCAUACAGGUUUGUUGUGAUUCUAAUGUACAGGGUAAGGGCAAGUUUCUAUUUGUACAGAAUUAAUCUAUUAGUAUUGGAUUGUCAUGUAGUAAUGUCUUCAAGACCAAUACUAGAGUACUAUUAGUUUAAGUUAAAUUUGAAAAUGGUUUUAUGUACACUUGAAGUGAUUUCUACACAGUGUGAUUGUAGUCUUGCCCUUGUAAUGUGAUGUACAAAGAUAGUGAAGACAUUAGCUGCAAGCUGAUAGCUAUAAAUACCAGUACAUGAACUUGAUGAAGACUUGGAAUGAUACUUAUAAUAAAGUAUUAGCUGGUACCAGGUGUGUGAUCCAAUCAUGUCAAUAGCCAAUCAGCAAGAACUGCAACCUGCAAACUGUUUGCCUAUUGCUGUUAUCAACCCAAUUUCCACACACCUGUAUCAGACAGUAUGACUGUAGUUCAGUACUAUCAGAAUACAUUUUUAUAGAAAUACAGCCUUGCUACUUUGAAAAGAGUAGUUUGAAAGAAAUAUAAUAUGGAAGAAACCAUCCAUAUUAUUAUCAUCAACUUCCAUGUCUGUUUAUGAGCAAUGAUACCAUGCAGCAUUUGUAGUUUACAUGGCUUUUAUACACUAAAUGUAAGAAGCUAUUAUACUGUAUAUAUGUAUAUAAAUUGUUGCAGUAUAGUGCAUGGUUGUGCCAUAUGCACUGUCAAAAGUCCCUUGAAAUUCUGUUGCUAUGGAAGCCUUGAAACGUUCAGACUCACAUUUCGUCUGAUAUGUAAAGACAAAAGCAUGAUUUUAAUGAUAAGUUUAAUUGUGAGGCAUUUUCUUGCUUAGUCAUCAGCACAAGUUUCCACUUAAUGCACAUACACACAGUUUGUAUUUGACCUAAGCAAGGAGAAAACAUCAAUAUUGUAUGAUGCACAAAAAGAGCCAUUCAGUCAUUGUAUAAAUGCAGAGCAUAUGAUCUAUCAUAUACAUGUAGGUGUGGCAAAAGGCUUACAGAGCAGUAUGUACAGACCAGUUUGUCUAUUGUGCAAUGAUGCGUGCAUAUCUGAAUUACAGGUUUGGCAAAAGUGAAUUCCCCUAUAUUUACUUAACCUUCUCCCUAGUGAGGUAACCUGGUGCCCAAGAUUUGUAUUGGUUAUGGAGUUAGGCAGCAGGAAGAAGGUUAAAGUAAGGUUAGAUCUAAAACAACCAGAGUUAGGAAUAAGGGAGUUGCCAUUUGUUACAUAUUAUCAAUGUUAAAACUCCAUGAUUCUGUCAGUUGAUGAAGUAUCUUGAUACACAAGUUUGAUUUUGUUGUGUAAUCCUGAAAUAGGCAGAAUAACUUGCCAAGAACAGCUUGUGUUAGGGACCUUACUCUCAAGGUAUAGGCUUUGGCUUGUUUUCGGUGUGUUUCAGGCAUUUUUAUCAGGCUUUUUUUGCCAGUACAAAAAGAAAGCCUGAUAAAAAUGCUGGAAACACGUCAAAAAUGAGACACAUUUUAAACCUCUGCUUGUAGAGUAGAGGCGCAUGUAGGCUACCUACGCCCACAUACAUCGUACAUUAUCUCAUGAAUGUUUGAUACCUUUGAAUGGUGCAUUGUGUUCUACAAAUGGAUUUUAGGAAAUGAAAGGUUACGAAAUGUCUACAUAUUAAAAAGAGAGAUUGCUGUACCCAGGG